UGGAAUAAUUUUUUGUCUGAUAUUUGUCAGACGAAUGGCAAUUCAUUGAGACAACAGAGGAAAAGGAAUCCAGGAUGGAUGGCUUAGUUAAACAGAAAGGUGUAUUUAAAAAGCAUAAUAAGGCAAUUGACACCAAGAAGAAGAAUGGGUUGAUUAACACAAGGAACUUAAUGGCUGAAAACAGGGAGGGGUUGGUAUCUGUGUAUCCAACUGCUCAGUAUCAGGGUCGGCCAGUUGGGACUCUCUAUCCCCCAAAUGACCCAAUACAACAGCUUCUUGACCCCAGUGCUCUGCCACAGACAGUAGAAUCCCGCUAUCAUCCAAACAUCAUCCUCUAUUCAGAAAGCAUGCUUCGAUCCUGGGGAGAAAGCCUGAGUACAGAAUGCUGUGAAACAACCUUUAUUGAGGACAAGUCGCCCAUCAAAGGCUGCCUGGAUUAUCCUGAAGGCAAAUUUGUCAGUCUAUCCACAGAUGAGAUUAAGAUCCAGACCCUCUCCUAUGAUGUGGAAGACGAAGAAGAUGAUGACGAUGAUGAUGACUUCCAAGAACUAGAGAGUGAUUAUUCAAGUGACACUGAAAGUGAAGAUCAUUUCCUUAUGAUGCCGCCCAGGGAUCAUCUUGGACUCAGUGUGUUCUCCAUGCUGUGUUGUUUUUGGCCAUUGGGAAUAGCUGCUUUCUAUUUGUCACAUGAGACAAACAAAGCCAUUGCUAAAGGGAAUUUCCACCAAGCAAGCUCCAGUUCACGGAGAGCUCUCUUCUUGGCUGUGCUAUCCAUCACCAUUGGAACAGGCAUCUAUGUAGGAGUUGCUGUAGCACUCAUAGCUUAUUUAUCCAAAAACAACCACAUAUGAAUUUGACAAAUUAGACUGCUACAGAAAGCUAUAGAGGAAUGAAAACCGUACCUUUCAAAUACAAAUAGUUUCAAGAGUGACAAGGGCUGCCAUAAAUUUAUACAAUCUGAAUUCCGAAGGAAAAAAAUUCUGGUUCUUCUUUACUUUUCUGAUUUAUUUUUAGUAUUGGCAAAACUGUUAUUGCAAGAAAGCCAUGGGCAUUUCCAAGUAUCAAAAGGUAGCUUCAGACCUUGUUUGUAAUUUGUUUCUAGUCUAAAUUAGACUCAACUCCAAAUUUGGGGAUCACCUGUCAAAAAGUAAGAGUCAUCUGAAGUUACAAAACUAAAGGUGGAGGGUCUGAAAGUGGUUUUGCUAUCCCAGAAAGCUAAUUUUGGAUUUUGGAUGACUAAGAACUAGUAACUGACUUAGUGCUUAUCCAUGAUUAAAAUACAAACAAAGCUGCAGAAUCAAUGUAAUGUAGGAAUAGCAAGAGACUGACAGUUCUUUUAUUCAGUCAUAAUCAGAAAAGGGCCACCCCUGAGCCAAAUGAAAUGCAGUAGCUGAGGUGGCAGAUUUUGGUGUUAUAAGGAACAGCAGAAUGGGAAAGUGGGGGUUCCAGUUAUACUAUAAAGGUGUUACAUACUUUGCAUAAACUGCAGUGGAAUACACAGCAGCUGUACAACACAUAACAGGGGUCUUGUGCAACCUUGUUCUUUAACUCUGUGUAGCUUACACAGGAAUAUUUCUACAUGGAUGGUUCAUUAAUGAUUUCAUUGGACAGCUUUGAAGUCAAAGCAUCUUGCGCUGGUUGGCCCUGGUCCUAUCCCUGCCGCCAAAAAAACUCGCUUACAAAGCAUGCUAUUCUUUCUGGCAGCAUCUCUUUUCCAGAGAGGAUUUUCUUUCAGCAAGUAAAAUAUAAGAAGCCCAUCCGUAAAAGUCAUGGCAAGGCAUGAAGUAUCUAUCACUGAGAAACCAGCCUACUGGCACAAAAAUGUUUUCUUCGCUUACAGACUCACAUCAGAGAAAAGCUGGAAUAUGUUGGAAAAUGUCUCUUGGUACAAAACAUGAAUAAGCAAUGGUCAUAUUGUAAAGAAUGUAUUUAAUAUUAA